ACCCGGAAGGGGAACGCGCCGCGCCCGCCCCCGGCGGGGCCUGCCCGGGCGGUUGCCGCGGUGACGCGGGGCGAGAUGGCGGAGGGCGGGCAGGCCCUGGGGCUCUGGGAGCGGGUGUGCGCAGAGUAUGAAGCAGAGCAGCCUCAAUUUCCAGGUGUUCCUGAGCCAAAACAUAGAUCUGUGUCUUUGAAAGCAGGAAUAUUGCAGUCAUUACAUAUGGAACAAUUAUAUUCAGCUGAGACUGUUGUCCAACAGUUGCUUCCCAUGCCUGAGGCAGCCCCCUUUCCAGAACCACCUGAUCCAAAAACAUGUUCUCCUCAAGAAUACUUAGAGUAUUACAUAUUUCCAGUACUCUUACCUGGAAUAGCUGAACUUCUGCAUCGAGCAAAGGAGGAAAAGUGUUUUGAGAGAAAAAGGACCACGUUUAUUGCCUGUGAUUUCCUAACCGAGUGGUUAUACAACAAGAACCCAAAGAGGAAGGAUGAGUCAUUCACAGAGUUCUUUUCCAUUCCUUUUGUUACCGAAUGGCUUAACGACCAUCCUAGGCCACCAACUCCUCUAUCAGAAGAAGAAGCAAGUGUAGUAAUUCAGUCCUUCUGGAGAGGUUAUCGGGUCCGCUGCAAUAGUGAAAUACAAGAGUUACGUCAGUGGCAAAAGCAGUUGAGGGAGAAGAACAACAUUAUUAAAAGAGUGAAAGAAUUCUGGACUAAGCAGGAAGCCAAAGUGGGAAGCAAAAUGGAAGACUGAGAAGAACAAGCACAAAAUGAUUCAUCGAUUUUAGUUUUCUCACCAAUAUGACAAAACACAGAGCUCAUGGAUUAAACUUUGUGGUACUGAUUUAGAAACACUCUUAGCAUUACAGUUGUACUUUUACAUGUGAAGUGUUGUAAAUCAAAGGCAGAUUAUUGAAGGACCUGGACUGCCAAGACAAAAUUCAGUCCUGCUGUAAGGGAACACAAUUCUGUUAAAACAGAUGGAGUUGUGCACAUCGAGCAUAGCAUUUUGAGUCUGUGUUUAUCUUGCAAGCUUCUUUUCUUGGGUGUACUAAAAGGGGUUACACCCACAUGUGGACAAGUAUUAAAACUAAGGCAUAUAAACUUAUAGACUGGACUAGCUUCACUGGCUUCUGCAGAGCUGUGACAAUUUUACACACAUCCAGGCUCUGUUCCUGUACUUCCAGCUGAGGGCAAGGAGAGCUAGGGCUGCUCUGCAUUUCUGCAGGGGAAAAAAGUCAAAGGUCCUUUUGUUAUCACACGGGCUGAGAAUGUGUAAAAUUAGGAUCACAGUGAUAGCAUUUUCAGUGGUUUUGUGUUUGUGUGUUUACUUACAUAAGGUUCAAACAGUAUGAAAAUCAGAUUUGGUCCCCUGCUAAGGACUUUUUAAACUCAGUCUUGUCAAGCAUAGUCCUAAUUAGGCCUUUAAAAUUUCGCAGGGAAGAUAUUUGCAGUUCUACUACUAAUUCCAUGCAAGUCAAACAAAGGUCUAGUUGUUUUGAAUAAAAACGAGAUAAAACACAGCUACCCUCUAGCUCUUGCUGUGUAUUUGACAUGGAUUUCUUCCAUCACUUUGUCUUCACUGUUACACCAGUACCUACCCCUUAUUUUUUUUCUGACUGGUGAUGCAUGUUGUUCCACAUCAGGGAAAUCAAACCAUUUGAGGAAAAAUCUCUCAACCUGCAUUCUUCAGCCUUAGCUGUACGGUCCUAUCUCCUUCCUUGCACAAGCACUAGCAACUGAGCCAGUACAGGGAACUGCUAAGCCGACUGGAAAAAAAAUACAUCACUUGUAGUGUUAAGAGUUUGGCUGCACAGCUCCUAGACUGGCUCACCAUGGGUUUGAUACGUGCUAGAGCUAAGGGUAAAUGUGGGAAUGUGGCCAAAGGUGCAGGAAGGUGGCUCUAGCUUCUAGGAGCUGGUUUCUUUAACUUAGCUUAUAUUGCAGAGUUGCCCCCAUGGAAUCAGCAGAAGACAGUGCUGGCUGUAGCACCACUAGAUUACUGCAAUGGAAAACAUUUUAGGUGGGUUUCAACAGCAA